AUGCUUCUUCUGUGCGUGGCAUACGUGCAAGAUGGCGGAUUAUGGUCAGCAAGACUUCAACAGAAGUGCAUUGACGCUCAAUAAUGGACGGGCUUGGUAUACCGGCCAAAGAGCGGAAAAAGUUCCUAGUGGACUGGUAAGGCUCGUUGGUCAAAAUUGUCUCGGCCUGGAUCUUUCCUACAACGAACUGAUUACCGUUUCUGGUAUAAAGGAUUUUAAACAACUGCAGGAAUUAAUCCUGGACAAUAACAAGCUUGUAAAUCUUAAAACACUGCCGUGCAUACCGACUUUGACUACUCUGAGUUUGAAUAAUAAUAAGAUAUCUAACAUCGACAAAGCGCUCGACAGGGUACGCGAGUGCUGUCCCAACAUAGAAUAUGUGAGCUUCCUGGGCAAUCCUGGUUGUCCCGAUCAACUGACCGAUCCAACAUCUACCGACGAGGAUGAUUAUGAGCGUUACAGGCUUUACGCCAUCCAUACUUUACCUCCGAGUCUUCGCUUCUUGGAUUCCCGAAGAGUUACUCAGCAGGAGAAACUAGACGCUAAGGCUCGUGGCAAAUAUUCCAGAACGAUUAAAUUCGUGCCGGAACUGAUUCGCAAGUUCGCACCUAACUCGACGCCUAUCAGCAACGAGUUCGACGACAUAUAUUUCAAUAUUCAUUACACGCCCUUGCCGAGCUCGCUGCGCAGUCCUCAGGAUCACAGAGGUGCGUACGGCAAAUGCAAGUAUCGGUAUUCUGGCAAGAAUUCAGAGGGCAAUCGAUUUAUCUCGAACAACGAUCUGUAAUCAAGAUGAACAUGAAUAUUUUGAAGCGUGGCCUUAAAAAGUCAACAAAAUAAUUUUUCUAGUCAAGUACGAUUGAUAUUAACAGAAAACUAUCAAUUAGCAGCGCGAAAUAUCUGUCAGAUUUCUAUGAGCUGUUAUUAAAAUCCAUUACAUAUUGAUGUGCGAUUAGUAUUAUCGAUAUGAUGGUAAAAAUA